GGCGGGCUGGGCCGAGCCGGGCCGGGCCGGGGUGCGCAGCAUGGAGCUGGGCUGGCUGCUGUGGGGCGCGGCGCUGCUGCUGGGGCUCCACGUCCUCAUGGAGCUCAGCCCCGCCGUCAACUUCGCCGUGCGCAUCGGCUUCUACUACCUGCUGUUCGCCGUGGGCUCGGCGCUCACGGCGCCCGUCUGCGUCCUCGUCAACGGUGGCCGCACCGUGAAGAACAUGAGAAUCAUCAAAGCUGUGGUCAAGACUUUCAAGUAUUUCUUUGGCCUGAGGUUUGAGGUGAAGGGAUUGGAGAACUUCAAGGUGGAAGGCCCUGCUAUCAUUGUGUCCAACCACCAGAGCAUCCUCGAUAUGAUGGGGCUGAUGGAGAUCCUGCCCGAUGACUGUGUCCAGGUGGGCAAGAAGGAGCUGAUGUACGCUGGCACUGUGGGGCUCAUCAUCUACCUAGGCGGUGUCAUCUUCAUCAACAGAAAGAGUACCAGCAGUGCCAAGAUGGUGAUGGCUGAAGUGGCCAAGACCAUGGCAGCUGACAAUGUGAAAGUGUGGGUAUACCCGGAGGGCACGAGGAACUGCACUGGAGACUUGCUGCCAUUCAAGAAAGGAGCAUUUCACCUUGCUGUACAGGCACAGGUCCCAGUGAUCCCUGUGGUGUAUUCCUCCUUCACCACCUUCUAUAACCCGAAGAAGAAUCUCUUCACGUCAGGCAAAAUCAAGGUUGAGGUUCUGCCACCAAUUGAGACCAAAGGUCUGACAUCAGAUGACGUCUCAGACCUCACGGACAGAUGCUUUCGUAUCAUGAGAGAGACCCUUUUCAGGCUGUCAGGCCGCCCAGCCGAAGUGAAGGAAUCUUCCUAGAUGCUUCUCCAGUGGUGUCACCAUGUGGUGGUGGCUGAAGGGACCUGUCUGUUGCCAAAUACCAAAGGGACUUCUCUUCCUCUGCAGUGACUUUUAACUCUGGGGACCGCACUGUCUGGCAUGCACGGGGUGCCAAGGCAGCGCUGAGCAUCCCCACUGAGUGGAUUUCUCUUGGGGUUCAUUAUCUUGCAAUGAAAUGUCUCCUUUUUUUCUGAGUUUCUCAGGCAUCGAACUUGUGCUACCAAAGGGCUCAAUGACCAGAGGUGAGUUCCCACAGCUCAGAUAGCUGGGGUAGACCAGGGACAGAAACCUAGCUGACAGCUGGGCUUUGCCUCGUGUGAGCAUGUCCCCAGGCCCAUGUUCUUGCAGGCUCAGUUAGGUGGUGGCCUGGCCUCUAAUAGUCCUAGAUGGAAAACUGCAGGGCAGCAAUUCUGGUCUGCACAGCCCUGACGCUGCUUGCACAGGGCGGAGAAUUGGCUGAAGAUACGAACGUCUUUGACAGUGCUGCUCUCAAGUGGCAUGCCAGCAGGGUGGUGGCAUUCAGGGGCCAGGCCUGAGCUGUGGUUCUGCCAGUGGAACACUUGUUUGCCGGGAGUGUGGUGUCCUUCCCUGGCUGGAUCUAGUGCAUGGCAGAGCUCAAGGGCCAUCUCUAGGGAAGGGCCCAGUGACCUUCCUUCCUUGAGAAACUUCCGUAGGUUACAGCAGUGUCUUGUGCUGGAGUUAUGCACUGUGCAGGCACUCUUAAGUAAAGUCUUUGCCUUUGGAAGAAGGAAUCUAGUGCUGAUAACUUCUUCAGGGUCAGCAGGGCUGGGAAGGGGAGUGUGUGGGGCUGGUUAGCCUUAUAGUGUCUCUUAGGGCUGGAUUUCCUUGUCUGUGCAAGUGCACUGCCAGCUGAGGGGUGCAGUAGCAGAGGGAAGCAGCAGCCUGACCAAGCCAGCACAUGUAGUUUUGGAAGAACUUAGCCAGAUGCUGUCCAGUCUUGCCAGAAACCAUCUUCUGAAUGAAAUACCAGACUUGCAUUUCUGGCAUUCAGAGCCACCAGCUCGAUAAGUCUGGCACAAACGCAGGCACUUGUGCCUCUGCCUGUGGGAGGCACUCUGUGAGUGACACUCAGCAAGUGAGCUGGUCUGUGUUGGGUCUUGGGUGAACCCGUCCUCGCUGCAUGCAAGGACUUGUUCACAGCAUAGUUCAGGGAGAUGUGGUAGCAUGUGUCUGGCUCAGUGCUUCCUCGAUGUUGGUAAACAGUGCUGCAUACCUGCUGCUGGCAUGUUUGGCCUCAUUAGAGUGGGCGCCUUGGUGCCUAUGGUACCUGUUACUUGUGCUGCAAAGGGCUCUGUUGCACUCAUCUUACUGCUUGUUAUGGUCAGCAGUGGCCGAAAGAUGGUGCCUCUCCCAUGCAUCUUUGUGCUGAUGUAGUGGAGCUCCUGGUCUGCACAUCUUAAAAUUCCUGAGGAGCCACAGGCACUGUGGGUUGUAUGGUUUCAGUGAAGGAGCUCAGGUAAGAGUUGCCCUUGACUCAGUUGCCUGUGCUUUGAGGUGACAGGCUAACAAGGGUCCUGGAUGCCUCACUGGGAGCUGCAAAAGUGCUGAUGCCUUCUGCAAAGGAGCAGGGGUAGACCAAGCCCGUGCUUCCAGGCUGUAAUCUCUACCUCUAACUGGGGUGCCUCCCCCUAACCCGGCGAGUGCUCUUGUAGGGAGUGCUACCUUGACAAGCCUUACGUGGGCCUCCAAGGCUGUUUGUCUUUUGCAGCCUGUCUCUGGUUGGCAUUUUGAAGGGAAAUAUGUCCUUGACUGGAAAAGGCGUUGUGUGCCCCAGCAGCUCUUGCAGAACCAGAAGGCCUCAGGGGAGAGAGCCCUCAGGCUGAGCAGGGCUAUAGCUCAGAGCUGUAUAGUCUCAGGGUUCAAACGGGGCAAGGGAUGGGUCUGUGUGCGGCGGGGGGGGGGACUGAAAACAAACCAGCACUUUGAAAAGUAGCAGACAAAUGACUGUAUCGUGGAGGCAAAAACCCAUGAAGGUCCAGAGGGUGCCCCUUGCCUCCUGGCUAUAGGGGGUGGGGGACAUGAGUGACUGGGGAAAGCUGAGUGUUGUGGCCAAAGAUCUGUCCCCUGUGCAACUCCUGUAGCAUCUGUCCCCAGGACGAGGGAGCAGUGCCCCGGGGUGCAGUUGUCUGCUGUUCACUUUUAAUUGGGUUGAUAAAAAUGUAUUUGCUUUUUUUUUUAAGUACACCUUUGGUUAUUUAAAUAAAGGAAACUCCUGGUC